CCGGGGCAGGAGGUGCAGGCAGUGACUGUUGCCUGGGGAAUGAGCUCGGAACGGGGGAACGUGUCGCGCACGCGGCCCCAGCGGUACCAGAACACGCGCGCCUUCAGGAACGACAAGUAUGACACCAGCGCCCGGCGGAAGAAAAUAAAUGCUAAGCUUCAUGAUGGAGUGUGUCAGCAUUGCAAAGGUAUCUUGGAGUGGCGGGUAAAAUUCAACAAGUACAAACUGCUAACAAAGCCUAAAAAAUGUGUAAAGUGCCUCCAGAAGACUGUAAAAGAUCCGUACCAUAGUAUUUGUCGACCAUGUGCUGGUAAGCUAGAGAUCUGUGCUAAAUGUGGAAAAAAAGAAGAAAUAGUAAUUCCGAUUGAUAAAGGACAAGACAGAGCUGAGAUUGUGACUACUAAAAAUGGCCAAGAGAGCAGGGAGUUGGAGGAUGAGCUGGAUUUUGAUGCAAACUUAAGUAGUAAGGACAGUGAUGAAGAUACUGAUGUGCUUGAAGAACGAUUUAAAAGAGUUCUCACAAGUAAACGGAUGCUGACAGAAAAUGCAAAACUACCUCUACUUACAGGAACCAUCAGGAUGACUUGCUGUCUUAAUGAAGAAAGGUUUGUAAAUAUCAUAAGGACAUUCUUGAUAAUCAGAUGUUUAGGAAGCUGGUCAUGUAUACUGUCAGCAUCUGUUUUGCUUCAUUCUUCUGCCUACUUUUUAUCUAAAAGCUAUUAAAGGACAAAACUGUAUGAAAAAGAAAGUAUGUGCCCUGCUUACAUGCUCUUGUCACGUACAGUGAGUGUGUGAAGUAGGAUUCAUAAAUCUCAAAACAGUUAAAAAUACACUAGUAUGUGAAGUGAAGUCUGUCUAGGGAUUGAUAACAUGUUCUCAGACAAAUUACCAGUAAGAGAUUAGAAAUUAAAUACUUGUCAUAUUUCAGGUAGCAGGUUUUCCCGUUGGAGCCUCUGAAAUAGCUAAGAUUAAAUCAGAUAGAAGUUAUCUUUUUUCCUACUGAAGUAAGAAAACAACUAUUUUUAGAAAUAGGGAUAGACUCCUAAUACAGUCAUCAGUAAGAAGUUUGAGUAUCUAAAAACAGAGGCUGAAUAUCACAUCCAGUGCAUUAAGAUUUGACCUGAAUUUGGAUAUAUAUAGCAUCUGUACAUGUAUUUGCUUUUGAUACAGCUUUAGAAACUCAAGUUAAAAAGGUCUGUUGUAGCCGCAUAACUAAAACUGCUUUGAAAGCAGUACCAAAUAUUUUAGUGUUUUUUGCUUUAAACUAUAACACAGAAGACAGUUUUUGUGCAAAAAUCAUAUGGAUUAUGCAUGCUCCUGAAUGGCAGCACUCACUUGAAAUCUCUCUUUAGGACAGCUUUUCUUUCUGAAUCUCUAGUUAGUCACAGCUAUGCUCCUUGCAUUUGGUUCUCUCUUUCCUAAUUCCUAUGUGAGCAAGCGUGACAUAAUGUGUAAAAAGAGUCUAUAAAGGGUACCCAUAGUUAACCUAUUAGUAUGUGUAGCAGCAGUGGAAUUUGUAGCUUUUUUAUAUCAGUAAUUGCAAGCUACAUGUGCAACAGUUUGAUUGUUUUUUUCUUUUUUUCCCUCAUAGACCUUACUCUUCUCUCCUGACUGUUUUGUUCCUUUUAGGGUUAUUUUCUGUCUUUGUCCUACAGCGUGGUUCUGUGCUGUAGAAGCUGCUAGCUUGAAUGAGAGCUGAUGGAACCUCUGACUGACAGCAGCAAUAGUUUAUUCUGGGUUAUUCCUAGUAGCAGCAACAGGGUUGGUGCCAGAACCAUAAAACACUUUGGAAGUGAUGAUGCUUGUGAGAUUAUGUGAAGUGAAAUGAAGCCACAGGUCCUGGGGAAAACGAUAAAAGGGCCCCACCAGGUUUUUUAGCAUAGUGGAGAAAUGCGGAAUAACCCCAAGCCUUCCAUUUCCAAGGAAAUAUAAACCCCAUAAAAUCAGACCAGAUCUAUUGUUUUUGCAACAGCAAAUUUACUGCUGUGUGACAAAGAUUUUAGAAGUCUCUGGGAAUGCCUGAUAUGCUCAAAGGAUAAUAGAUCUUUAUUCAGUUGUGGUUCAAUGUUUCUUACAAUGUUAGUGAUGGAAUCUCUCAGAAUGCAACAACCUGUACUUCCAUUACUUGAGAAAAGAUGUAGUACAGUCUUUAUGUUGUAAAACUGUAAUCUUAUGCUCUGCAAAGACCAUACGGAUUUGGCAUGGAUGUCUAGAAAGCCUGAUGCUGUUAUGCAAAAGUCUUUCUAUUUUAGGGAAAUGUUACACAAAGGAUUAAACCAUCUGAAAACUGCAGUGACUGGAACUUCAGAGCUAUUGUAUUUACUGCAUUUCACCAGAAAGUUCUUUCUUAUCCAGCUCUUCCCAGUUUUUCUAUUAACCUGGGUUACAUUUCGAUAUAAGUAGUACUGACAUGAUUUCUCUGCACCAAGGAAGAAUUGCGCUUUGGAUCGUUGCAUUCAACUAGUUGUUCCUCUCUCAUCCUCAUGACUGAACUUCUCUCCAAAGUCUUUGGAGUCCGAACAAAGUUGAUGGCUGGCUGUGUUACUUUAAAAAGUCACAUUAGCAGCUGGGUGGCUGUGGCAAACAAAAGACAGGAGUGCUCACCCAGCGCACUGUAGAAAUUCACGCUGUGGGGCAUUCUGGUUCCCUGCCACUCCUAGCAUGUAGCAGUGCAGACCUCUCCACUGUAGAGGCUAGAAUUAAAAGUGUGCAUUGUACGCCCACUGAGCAGAGAGAUUUUGUUUGUCAUUAAUGAGAACACAAUGUGUGGCUUAAAAGGAAGGGUAAUGUAUAUGUCUGUAGUCUUUAAAUGGAGAGAAGGGUCUCUGCCAAAUAUUUGAGGGUGUCAGGCAGGAUGCCCAAGCGAGGUCUGUCCAAAAUGCCAUGAAUGGGGAGACAGGUUGGAAGAAAAAGCUUCUAACUGAAAUAAACAUGGCACUGAGCUUGUGAGUGUGGAAGUACAAAGGUUCACACAGCCUGCAACUGCCUCUCUUCAUCUUUGCAGUCUACAGCUGUCAUUGUAGUGUGCAUGGAAAUUGUCCAAAUAAUAAACCUACUUCACCAUAAUUAGCCUGACAAGAAGUUAGUGUUUAUUGCCCCCUAGCAUGUUAAAUGAGAUUUGCAAGUGGGCUGCAAACAAUGAAAUAUCUUGUUGUGGUUUGAGUUCUCUAAAUCUCAGGUGAAAAUAAAAGCAACUUAAAUAAAACUUUGUAGUGAACAGUAACUCUUCUGUAAUGUACAUGUUCUCCUGAGGCCUAAAUGGAAAUUACUGAAAAAAGACUAAUUUAGAUUAAGAAUCCUGUUCCUGAAACAAGCUAGACUUUCAGAGUGAGAAAAUAUGGAGUUAUCACUUUACUUCUGUAAUGUAAUGAGUUUUAAAAUUAUUUUUUCCUUCAUAUUAAAGCUAUGUUUACCAUUAGUUACACUACUGAGUUUAGCUCUAUUCUGCACAAAGCUACACCUUUAACCACAAGACCAGUCAUGUUAUUCUGCAACUAGGAAUGCUGUGCUCCUUCCUAAAGAUAAGUAGUGUUACAAGGGCGUUUGAUAGAGUAAACUAUGUU